AUGGCCGGGGGUUGGGAGCACCGGCCAAAGCACCUGAAGCACCUGCACCUCGUCUCUCGUCACGACACACCAGACCAGACCAGACCCAGAACACACCAAACACCAACCAAGCUUGACACCUCAUUCAUCGCCCUUUGCGACACACUCGCCACCAUACUCUACCGCCAGCAAUACACCCACCCCACCCCUUUCCCUUUGAUUCUCUCCUCCCCCCUCAAGUCCCCCGUUCCUUCAUCCCCCUUCCACAAGGCCGGCAACCCCCACUUCCUCUUGUCCCUUGUCGCAGUCGCCGGCCAUUUCCCCCAUCCGGCCUCCAACACCGCCCAUACCGCGUCAUUACCCGUCACCCGCCAUGUCCAACAAGAUGCACCAAGGCCAGCGGCCAGGCGCCUCACGAUUUGCCCAGUUCAAGUUGGUGUUGCUUGGUGCGUGCCAUGUUGGCUCACUGCAAAGAAAGCCAGUCUGUGCCUGCCGGCUAACGAGUGCACAGGUGAAUCCGCCGUAGGAAAGUCCUCGCUCGUACUGCGCUUCGUCAAGGCAUGUGCUGAUCAAUUCGACGACUACCGGGAAUCAACCAUCGGUGCCGCCUUCCUCACCCAGACCAUCGCCCUCGACGAGAACACAACGGUUAAGUUUGAGAUCUGGGACACAGCAGGCCAGGAGCGCUACAAGUCACUGGCGCCCAUGUACUACCGCAACGCAAACUGCGCCGUCGUCGUCUACGAUAUCACACAAGCAGCUUCCCUAGACAAGGCAAAGGCAUGGGUCAAGGAGCUUCAGCGCCAAGCCAAUGAGAACAUCAUCAUCGCCCUCGCCGGUAACAAGCUCGACCUGGUCACCGAGUCACCAGACAAGCGCGCCAUCACCACCGCAGACGCUGAGCAGUAUGCCCGUGAGGCUGGCCUGCUCUUCUUCGAAACGUCAGCGAAGACUAGCGAGAAUGUACGCGAACUAUUCACCGCCAUUGCCAAGAAACUCCCCAUCGACCAAUCCGGCCCAAGAAACCUACGACCUGGUCAGCAACGACAGGGCGUCAACCUAAGGCCCGAGGCAAAUCAAACACAGGGACCGGGAGCUUGCAACUGCUAA